AUGAACCGGGGUUAUGAAGCGUAUCUGCUAGCUCGGGACCACCCGCAAAUCAAGGAGAUGCUUAUUUUGUACAAGUGCCAGACAUUGUUGCUAAAACUGUCGCGUGACUGUCGUGAAGCUUUGCAUGCGAUUAGCAGAGAUCAGGUUAGAGCCGACAUUUGGAAGGAUAUGCAGGUGCUUCGUCAGGAAUCGAAGAAGAUGAGAGAGGUCGACAAAAAGGAUUCAGAAAAAGCGCUGCCGAGAAUUCGUGCAAAACUCCGUUCCCGAGCAUACAAUAGUGUUCCUCCGGUGUUUGUGAGUCAGAAGCAGUCACGGAAGCGUUGGAAUGAUAAGCUGAGUACCCAGUUGAGAGAUGUGGUGGCUGAAUUAAUGCUGCAUGAGCUUAUCGAGCUUCGUGCUAGACAUGGUAACAUACCAUUUAAUCAAGUGCCUGGCCCAGCAGUGGAAUACCCCGCCAUCUCUGAUGGCAUGUCUUUAGAGCCGGUGCAGUCGUCACAUGGUCGUGACGAAGGAAAGUUAUCUGGACCCAGUCUUUCGGUAGCUCGGAUCAUGGUGCGGCGCCAUUACUUGGGUGAGGAUGAGACCACGGACAUUAAGACUGAUAUAGAAGCGCAAACUAGGGUGCUGGUUGACUUGAAUAUUAUGUUACGUGAGACAAAGGACCCUAGGUCCAUUGAAGAAUUUUGGUUUCUAUUUUGGGACAAUGUUUCUAUCGCAUUAGAACGGGCAUACUCUGCACGACUCUGCCAGCAACGAUGGCAGUAUCUUUACCAUCCUAGAUCCGUUCGGCGGAACCAACGUAUUAUAUCUCGAGAGGAUGAACGAGUGAUUUUAGAAGGCGUUCUGGCCGGCAAAUCUUGGAAGGCCAUAGCGGAAACGAUUGAUUUCGAUGUCUUUAGAGUGUUUCAACAUUACCAAUGUAAUCUGAAUCGCAAUCUGGUCAAUGACAUUUGGACCAAAGAAGAUGAGGAAAUGCUUCUCGCAUACGUCGAACGGUAUAAGGGUCAUAAAGGACUAUGGUUAAAGAUCGCUCUACAUUUCCCUACUAAAGCUCCUGAACAAUGUCAGAAUAAGUUUAAUAAUAUAAAACACAACCUGCAAGGAUUUGAAGACGGCUUUCUUACAGAUGAUGAUGAGCACACGAAAUAUAAACCACGUUAUAUCAGAUCAACAUCUGAUACGCCACCCACGCUAUCCAAGAGACGCUUGUCUGAAGAACCGCUAUCCAGUACUCCCGUUUCAGCCGGAUCCAACAUUGAAUAUUCGGACGCGGCCUCUUCACGUCUUAGUGGACUUCUACCAGCCGUACAUUCACUAAAAAUCAAUUCCUCAUUGGAAAUGGAUUCCUCAUUGGGAAUGGAUUCCUCAUUGGCUAUGGAUUCCUCGUUGGGUAUGGAUUCGUUAAAGAUGCGUCCAUUCGAAAUUAAUUCGGAACUAGCACCUCUGACUAGCAGCUCCGAUAUAUACGCAAUCGGGCAUGUGCCUGAUUGGAAUACAUACUCAGACUUCGGACAUCAGGACGGCUCAGGGCCUCCUACUGUUUCCAGUCCUGUUUCUGUUUCCACCCCUGUCUCUUCCAUGUCAUCUCGGGUUUCAAUUGAAGAGAAAGCAUUGGGGCUAUGUAUGGGCCAAAAAGGCUUAGUUUAUGAGAGUCAGGAGAAAUCGUUUGGUGGAGAUAAUCAAGUUGGAUCAAUGGAGGAAGAAGCUGAACCGUCCGACACAGCGCAGGCGAUGUCAGGUUCGGAUAAAGAGUCGUCGGGUACGGCGGCUGAGAAGAAGGGUCGCGCUUUAUCAAAAUCGAAGAAGCCAGUAAAGUUGAAGCCGGGACUGAAGAGAUGGACUAUAGACGAUGACUUGAGUAUUCAGUCGCAGGUUCUGCUUCAGGGUCGCGGGAACUGGGUACGGAUCCACAUCAAGGGCGGCACAGACGUGAAGAUUCGGGAGCGGUACGAGAACCUGCUCGCGCCUGGUCUGCGAAAGUCUACGUGGACCCCGGAGGAAGACCGGCAACUGGAGACCGCAGUACGCCGUCACGACCCCUACCACCGUAAUUGGAGCCUUAUAUCCGAGGCUCUUAAGGGCCGCACGGACGCCGAUUGCCUCAAGCGCUUCUACAAACUCCAUCCCGGCGACCUCGCUCUUCAGUCCAAGCUCCGCGUGAAUGCAAAACUCUUCCUACCCACCGUCAAUUUCAAACCCACCCAAGCCUACCGCUCCUCGUACGCAUUUGCAACUAAGGGCGAUGCCACCGCGGCCGAUGCCACCGCGACCGAUGCCAUCGCGGCCGAUGCCAUCGCGGCCGAUGCCAUCGCGGCCGAUGCCACCGUUACCGAGACGGUUUUUUCCGACACGGCCGCAGCCAUAACAGAUGAUGACCUCCAGCAAGCGCUCCAAGCCGAAGGAAGCGAGUAUAUACAAGGUGGUAUACAAAAUGGAAGCGAGUCUUUGGUGGUGCCCCCCGGCCUGUUGAGUCCGCAGCUCCCCGAUAGCUCGACGCAAGACAAUGCGGCGACCAGUCGGUUCCAGAAUCGCCAGUUGACGGGCUGGGACUUCGUUUCGUUGGAGAGUGAGUUACUCGCGGCCCUGACGAGCGACCCACGUCUUGUCACGCCCUGGACGCGUCGUGACUUGUCCAAGAUCCGCCAGAGGUUCUUAAGCGCGUUGAGCAAGCCCCUGGCGGAACUUGUCAGCACGACCAAAUACCAAGUGGCGCAACCUACCGCCACGUCUCUUACUUUGUUCGCAAUCCGAAAUGAUAAUGUACCCCUCCAGUAUCGACACGCAGUGCUACGACUCACCGUUCUUAAACACUACCUGGCCAAAGUUAUGGUACAGCUAGGCUCUUCUAAGAAACACAUGAACAGACCCGUCCAACUUCUCCUACAGAGCCGAGCCGCCUCCAUGGGCAUUCCCGAAGACGCCACCGAACUCUUUCCCCUCACCAACCACGAAACACAAAUCCUGGACAAACUCGUCACGGACCACAUACUCGUCACAAACCUCUGUGUUGACCAAAGUGACGUGAAAGCUCUCUCCACAAAUGUCGCUCUUUCCACCGUCGGUAACGGUCCAGAGAUCGUCGAUAGGUCGGAGGCCAUCAAAGGCGCAUGGGCCGUCGGUAGUUCGGAGACCAUCAAGGCCUCCACAGAUCCGGAGAACGCUGUAGGUCCCGCGGGGCGUGCACUAGCGCUUUCCACCUCUCCAGCAUCGACCGAAAAUGUCACUACUGAACACUCGUUGGGUGAACACUCGUUGGGUGAACACUCGUUGGGUGAGCAACGAUCGUGGUCUUUGAAUACCCUCGAAGGCGCCCUGUACGCCGAGUUGAAGAAAGCCAUAGAGCCUUCGACCGAUGGCGAAGUUUGCUCGAUCGUUUUUUAA